GUCUGACUGCGUGUCCCUCCCUUCCACAGCUUCUUUUUUCGCCGGCGCAAGCUUCCGAAAAGGGGAAAAGUACGGUUCCAGUGCGUGCGUUUUGUCCGUUUUCCGGUAAAGGUAGUGCAUCUCCCGCCCUCUGGCAGCAACAUGGCACGAGCGGUGCUCGCGCUGGCAGCGAUUCUCGCCACUUUGGGGUGUGCCGCGGCCGCCAUCGACGUGGAAAUCGAAAACAAAAAUGUUGACCGCACCAUCGAUCUCACCUCGCAGCUCGUGAAAAUUUCCUACAAAAUUACGCUCGAGCACAAGAGCAAGAAGCCCAUCACCAGCUAUCUGUUUAUCGUGCCGAAUGACGAGCGCGAGCUGCUGGCCUUCAUCUCCGCCAAGGAUUCAGCCAAGAAGGAGCUGAAACUGGUGGAAACCGCUUCGCCGAAGGGGGCCACCUUCUCGAUGACGCUGCCGCCGGCGGCCGGCGUCGCAAAUCCGGUCGUGUACAUCGAGACCGUGUUCACCAAGUCGCUGCGGCCGUACCCGACGUCGAUCGCCCAGACGGAACGCCAGCUGGUGCAGUACUUUGGCAACGCGUACGUCUACUCGCCGUUCAAGACCGUCACGCAAAAGACCACGGUCCAUCUGAGCUCGCGGAACGUCGAAAGCUACACCCAGUUCAAGCCGGCGGUGCACUCGGACACGACCGUCACGUACGGACCGUACGAUAAUGUUGCGGCCUUCUCCACCGAACCCAUCACCGUCCACUUCGAAAACUACACCCCCUUCAUGACCGUCACCCGGCUCGAGCGCGUCAUCGAAGUGUCCCACUGGGGCAACAUUGCCGUCGAGGAAACCAUCGACAUUGUCCACUCGGGGGCCGCCCUCAAGGGUGCCUUCUCGCGCUACGACUACCAGAAGGAUUCCCGCCCCAACCAGGCCUGCGUCAAAUCGUACAAAACCCUACUGCCGGCGUCCGCCACCGGCGUCUACUACCGGGACACCAACGGAAACAUCAGCACGUCGGCGAUGCGCGUCCUGAAAGACUCGGUCGAGCUGGAUCUGCGCCCACGCUUCCCUCUAUUCGGCGGCUGGAAGACCCACUACACCCUGGGCUACAACGUCCCGAGCUUCGAGUAUCUGUUCCAGAACGGAGACAACUUCCUGCUCAAGAUGCGCGUCGUCGAUCACAUCUUUGACGACAUGGUCGUGGACGAAGUAACCACCAAGAUCAUCCUGCCGGAGGGUUGCACCAACGUGAAGCUAAUCGCGCCGUACUCGGUCACGCGCAACCCCGACACGCUCCAUUACACCUACCUGGACACGUUCGGCCGGCCGGUGAUCUCGUUCAGCAAGAAAAACGUCGUCGAAAACCACAUCGGUGACUUUAACCUCAAGUACAACUUUAGCCGCGUCAUGAUGCUGCAGGAACCGCUGCUCGUGGUCGGCUUCUUGUACGUCCUCUUCGUGCUUGUCAUAAUCUGGAUGCGGCUGGACUUUUCCAUCAUCAAGGAGAAGGAGCAGCACCUCCACAAAGACUAAAUUCCAUUAAGCACUAGAGCGCAGUAGAGAGUAGCCGUUUUACGCAAAACUUCUUCACCAUGCAUUUCUUCUUCACAAUUCCUAGUUUUUAACCAACAGAAACAGAAAAAAAAUCUCACGUUGCGGGUCGAGCCGCCAAGCUAGAGUGUUCCAGUUGCACAAGUUGAGAGUGAAAGUGAAACAAAGAGACAAAAAAACUAACAUUUCAUACCGAAAUCCAACCGAACAACAUCGUCGUCGUCUGCUUGGAACAGAACUGAUGUGAUUGGGAGCGAAUAACAUGAGAAACAAUAAAGUUUGUAACUCUUAGGACGAA